CUCUGGAGAGGAAACCCUAAUUUCACAAUCCUCAAAAAAAUUUACCCAAAAUUCCCGCUUUCAUCCGCUCCCGCCAAAAUCGAACGUUUUUGGGGGAAAGAAUCCCGCCAAAAACUCAAACCCUAACCCUAAUAAGUAGGCAGCCUCAGUCCCUUCUCCAAUGGCACUGCCGCAGAACCACCAUGAAGCACCGAUCCUUGAAACUCAAGGAAGCUCACAAGGCUUCCGGUGGUGGAGGUGGCCGUGCGGCCCUCUGCUCCAUCAUCUGGGAUCCUGAGGGCAGGCAUCUCGUCACCGCAUCAGCCGCUGAUCAGAGUGUCCUGAUCCAUUAUCUGGAUCAGCAAUCGAAGCCCCCCAAAGCUCUCGAUCAUCAUAAGGAGGGUGUUACGGCUCUCGCUUUUAGCCCUAGUUCCAAUUCCUUUGCUUCUGGAUCUGUUGAUCACUCUGUGAAGCUUUAUAGUUUCCCAGAUGGAGAAUUCCAGAGUAAUGUUACUAGGUUUACGUUGCCAAUUCGGUCCCUUGCCUUCAAUAAAUCUGGUAGUUUGUUAGCUGCUGCAGGCGAUGAUGAUGGCAUCAAGUUGAUUGCUACUAUUGAUAGUACAAUUUCCAGGGUGCUCAAGGGUCACAAAGCAUCUGUCACUGGUUUAGCUUUUGACCCAAAGAAUGAGUUCUUGGCAUCUGUUGACAGUGUUGGUACUGUCAUAUACUGGGAGCUCUCAUCUGGGAAAUCAGUCCAUACUCUUAAUUCUGUAGCCCCUAUUUGUGAUUCGGAUUCCUCUCUUUCAAACGUGCUGAGCUGGAGUCCUGAUGGAGAAAUUUUGGCUGUUCCAGGCCUGAGAAAUGAUGUUGUUAUGUACGACAGAGACACUGCUGAGAAGCUGUUUACACUCAAAGGAGAUCAUGAGAAAUCUGUUUGUUUCUUGUCUUGGUCUCCUAAUGGGAAAUAUAUUGCCACUUCUGGUUUGGAUAAACAGGUUCUGAUCUGGGAUAUUGAUUUGAGGCAGGAUAUUGAAAGACAAAAAUUUGAUGAUAGAAUAACUGGUUUGGCUUGGAAGUCAAAUGGCAAUGCGCUGGCUGUCAUUGAUGUUAUGGGUAAAUUUGGUGUGUGGGAAUCCACAAUUCCUUCAUGUAUGAAGUCUCCUAUAGACGGUGCUCCUAGUCCGCAGAUAAGAAAUGAUAGUGGAUUUUUAUUUGAUGAAGAUAAUGAAAAGUCUAGUGCUUCUGGCAGUCUUGACAAUGUUGAUGAAGAGAGUCAUGGUGAAUCAGUCCCCAUCACUGGAAAAAGAUUAAGAAAACAGUCUAUUCUUGAAGAUUGUUUUGGAGAAGAUAGUGAUGGUGAAGAGGGUUUACUUCGCCAGAUUGAAUCGCGGAAGAGAAAUUCUGCUAAACGGAAGGUGGAUAUUGGAAAGGGAGAUGAGUGUUCAAGUUUGAUGAAGUCCAUCAGGGUGAGAAUGCAGGAGGCUUUUCAACCAGGUUCCACUCCAAUACAACCUGGCAAGCGGCGAUUUCUUUGCUACAAUUUGCUGGGUAGCAUAACUACCCUUGAAAAUGAGGGAAACUCUCAUAUAGAGGUAGAUUUUCAUGAUACUGGCAGAGGUCCUAGGGUACCUUCCAUGACUGAUUAUUUUGGUUUCACCAUGGCAUCACUGAAUGAAAAUGGGAGUGUUUUUGCCAACCCAUGCAAAGGUGAAAAGAACACAAGCACUCUUAUGUAUCGACCUUUUAGUAGUUGGGCAAACAACAGUGAGUGGUCAAUGCGAUUUGAAGCAGAGGAAGUACAGGCUGUUGCUCUUGGUAAUGGUUGGGUUGCUGCGGCAACGAGUCUUAAUUUUCUUCGUAUCUUCACAGAUGGCGGAUUGCAGAAACAUAUCCUUUGCCUAAAUGGUCCUGUGGUCACUCUAGCGGGUUUAAAAGAUGAACUAGCUAUUGUUACUCAUGCUUCAGACAGUCUUCCUUCUGGAGAUCAGGUGCUUGAUGUUAUGGUUCUGAACAUACUAAAUGGAACUCAAACAAUUAUAAGCCGUCUUCCUUUGACACCAAGUUCCCAUUUAACAUGGUUUGGCUUCAGUGACGAGGGGCAGCUAAGUUCAUAUGAUUCCAAGGGGGUGCUGAGAAUGUUCUCUACACAAUUUGGAGGUAGUUGGCUUCCUGUUUUCAGUGCCAGCAAAGCAAGGAAGUCAGAAGAUGAAAACUACUGGGUGGUUGGUCUAAGCGCCAGCAAGCUGUUCUGCAUUAUUUGCAAAUCCCCUGAUUCUUACCCAUUGGUCAUGCCAAAGCCGGUUCUUACACUACUGAACUUUUCACUUCCUCUUGCCUGCUCUGAUCUUGGGGCUGAUGAGCUGGAAAACGAGUUCGUGUUGAGCAAGAUAUCCCUCUUACAGAUUCAAAAUAAAGUAAAAGAAAUGGUAGCAGCUGGUAUUGAUACCACUGCUCUUUGUGAUGAAGCAUUCAGCAUAGAAGCUUCCAUGGAUCGAUGCAUCCUGAAGCUUAUUGCCAGCUGUUGCAACAGUGACAAGCUUGUGAGGGCUACAGAACUCGCCAGAUUGCUAUCACUGGAGAAGUCAGUUAUGGGUGCCAUAAAGCUGGCCACUGCACUUAAACUUCCUGUAUUGGCAGAGCGGUUCAUUGGCGUAUUGGAGGAAAGUUUGUUGGAUAAAUCUGAAGGGGCACCUCAUGUAUCAAAUUUAGCCUCCAGUGCAGCUGUUACAAGCAAUGUGGCAAAGCGAAAGAUUUUGCCUGUACCUGCUGUCAAUAAACCUCAGGUCUUAAAGUCUGUGGGUAGUGAAGAGAAGUCCGGUGAGGUAGGAGGAUUUCAACUUUGUAAAAGUCCAAGUGAAGGAAACACAAAAGAUAGUCGUCAGCAAAUGCAAUCUAAUCUGAUGGCAACACCAUCUGCAAAGGCAUCUUCUGACCAUUACAAGGUUGAGCUUUGCAAUAAUACGAGGGAGGGCAAUUCAAAGGCAGGAGUCAACCAAAUGCCAUGCGUAAAGUCAAAUGAAACUACUUUAAAGGAUGAGGGGGUUAACCAAAUGCAAUCUCACCGAGCAGUUAAUCCGUUUGCAAAAGCAUCCAAGAACCAGGGUAAAUCUUCUCUUUUUGAUUCUAUUAAAAAGAAGGUAGACAAUGAAAAGAUGGAUGGAUUGGCAAAGAAGUGAGGCAAAAGGUAUGAAAAUCAAACAACAUAACUCUUCUCACUUCUUAAAUUAGCGUGCUGUGUCAUGGCUUCUGUAUGGUGAGUAGUGUAAAUAUAGAGAAGAUGACCUUUAUAAGUGAUCUGAGGCGGAUACAUUGUUCAUUUCAUCCUGAAUUUUUUAGAAGGUUUUGUAUUAAAUGCUGUGUAAAAUUGCUUUCGUUUAUAAUUUUGUAGAUUUUGCGUUCAGAAUUUUUUUAUAACAAAAAAGUAGCACCAUUAUUUCUAUAAUUA